CCAAAGCCGCACUUUUCUUGAAAGCUUUUCGACUGAAGCAGCUGAAAAAUUGUAAAAGGUCUCGUUCAUAAUGGGAUAUUCUUCCGACGAAGACGAUUUUGACGAUAACGAGGAGUUCAAGCCUUUUCAAAUGAACUUCUUGCCGAAACAUGAGGCCAAUUUACCACCAAUUCAUAAGUUCAAGAAAGUUUCCGGUGCUGUUAAAGUGCAGAAUAGCUGGACCAAGGGCCUUCGUAUGAAAGUUGCGAAUAAAGACUCAAAAGCAUUUAGGGUCAGCCGGGAAAAUGAGGGCGGAGUUGAAACACUGACUUUCAACGUUAACGCAUUCAAGUCUCACGUCCGACAUUGCGGUAGCAUCUCUGACAAGGCCAAGAACCUGUUCAAAAAGCCGCCUUGGCUGCGUACGUCUGAAGAUAUCAAAGUUAUAGGAGGGGUGGUCGAUAAGCUCAAGGCGUUCAAGAAAUAUUCUGUGCUUGAGAGGCGAGGACUGGCCAAGGUGGUGUAUUACGAGCAGUUUGAAGACGGCAGGGUUGUUGUACAGCAAGGUCACAAAGGAAUCUCCUCUCUCUAUUUCAUUCUGAGUGGCGCAGUAUUGGUACAAGUGGCGGAGGAAGAUAAAACGACAGGAAAAAUCACUGAGCAUAUUGUUGGUGAGAUGUUUGCCGGAGACUCAUUCGGCGAGCUCGCCUUACUACACGACAUCAAGCGAACAGCCACUAUCAUCUGCAAAGGAAGAGCAGAGUUCUUACGGCUGGACAAGCCAGGCUUUGACGAGGUCCUCAAAAAUAGCUACAAGAGAGCUUGGGAAGCACGGAUAUCUCAUUUGCGAUCACUCCCUGAGUUUGAAGACUAUCACGAGAAGGAAUUACACAAGGCUACUGCUACAUCUACACUAGCCGAGUACCCAGAUAAUACGGUCAUACUACGCAACACAACCGAACCAUGCGAGUUCGUGCAUUUCAUCAAGUCCGGACAGUGUCGACUCGUCCGAGAAAUGGACCUCAUCGUCCGGAAACUUCCUUUUAGUGACACCAAGUUCAUCUUGCCCCCACUACACGAGGGGGGGAGGGAGGGACCACCUUAUGAUCUCGGCCCAAACGAUACGGCCAAGCGGCUUUUCCUUGUCUUAAGGAUGCUAAAGAAAGGAGACUUCUUCGGUGUUGGCGAGGAUUUGAGCAAGUCUAGUAUUAUAAGUGCUGGAAGGGUGGAAAUAGUGUUAGUACCACGAUCGGUACUCCUCAAGCACGAUCGCGGACUCGGAUGCGUCAAAAUGUGCCAGCAGCUCUCCGACAGGUUUCCGACACGAUGCGAAGUGUUCCGAAGUUUUAUCGAGAGCGACCGAUGGAAGCGCUACAAGCAGCAGGUCAUUCGGGAGAUGUUCGGGCUGAGACGAAAGGUUGCGAACAAUACGACGUUUGCCGAUGUUCCUCGCGCCAUUCGAGUAGAAAAUAAAUACUAUUAUGGGCUGUUCCCGCCAAAACAGUAUUUACCACCAAUAACACUGCGCUGAGUGCGCAUGAACUGGAGUCUUAGGUAUAUUAUUUGAAGGGUGUUUAGGAUUAUCGCCGCCUCGCUUAAUUUGAACAAGCGGGAAAGACAAGAACGUACUACGGUGCUGACAAUAGGAAACAAGAGCACUAAAAUUAUUCCAUUUAUUAAAUUAUUUUGAAUAUUAUUAUUACUCUAUACGACAAGGAAACCUAAAAA